UGGCUAGCAAGCGUGCUACGACUGCUACUGCCGAGGGAUUGGGCAAUGGGAUGGCGUACGACGGGAAGAUAUUAGCUUCCGCCAAAUGACCUGACCCGCUGCGAUCAGUAUUUUCCCGUUCGCGAACGGUUGGCGAAGGUUGCUGAGUACCCGUCCGUCAGGUGCCUCGCCCAGAGAUCGCUCACGCUUUGACGGAAUGUGGUUGGCUGCGAAGCCUCCUAAACCUGCGCGAGCCUCGCCAAGCAGGCGACAGUCGCGAGACCCCAAAAACGUUGCUUGGGCCAGACACCUCAGCAGUGUAGUACGAGAGAUGUUAGGGUAGCGCUCGUAGCGCAUAGCAACGAGUGGUAGUCAGCGUAAUGCUAGCACACGUAGCGCAUGAAUGCUAGCCACGUCAUUCCCUAAGGCCGUGCAUCGCUGCGAGGAUGGCAGCAGCUCGUCGGCAGCGAGCAUCGUCCCUUCCCCACCGCCUCGCUCCACAUUCCCCGUCCUAUCUUGUCUAUCUUUCGCCCUUGCUGCUCCUCGCCUUGCUCUUUCACCCGCAGAACCCCUUCCAACCCCUCCAAAGCACCCGCAAUGUCGACCUAUCAGACUCCGCCCCGUCAGCAUCACCAGGGAGCCAUGCUGCCGCCCAGCUGCCACCCGCGCCUCAAGCCGAAUCCCACCAGCAUCUCGAGCGCGAGUCGCUUGCCGUCUUCGCGGCUGUGGAGGCGCUUGCCGCAUCCCCAUGGCGGGACUUCGAGGCGUCUCAGGCGGCUGUCGACGCUGUGGAGACGGCUCCAAAGCCGGGCGUAGAAGCUUCGCUCCCGGAAUUUGGGCAGCCGCGUCUGGCGAGGCGGGCUCGGCCAGACGGGGAGUGGGCGGGUGGAGGGAGGCGGCGAUUGGGGGAGGGCGAAGUGCAGGGUGGGGGGAGGCGACGGCUGGGGGAGGCAGACACGCCGUUUAAGGGGACUCAAAGGGGGAGGCGGCAACUGGGGGAGGGCGAUAUGGCUUUUGGGUCUAUUGAACACGCGAGGCGGCGACUGGGCGAGGGCGACAUGCACGCCAGGCUGACGCCGCUGUGGGAGACGGCGAGUCGAGUGGCCGUCAACGGCACCGUUGUUAUCGUGUCGACCAAUGCAGGCUACGAGGAGUUGCUGGAGAACUGGGCUCUGCAUGCUGACAGGAUAGGCCUGGCUGGGCACUACAUCAUCUUUGCUGCUGAGCACCAGAGCUACGAAUACGCCAACAACAAGUGGCCAGGACAGGCGCUGCUGCUGGACUUAGAAGAUCAUUUCGUGCAGGAGGAUCAGCAGGUGGACGUGUCGGAAGCUAUAGGAAUCAAUUCACCAGGCUUUCACCGCGUGGCCUCGCGCCGCGCCGUGUACAUCAUGCACCUGCUCGCCUUUGGCUUCUCCGUGCUCUACUCCGACAUCGACAUCGCUCUCCUCCAAAACCCCCUCCCCUACUUCGCUCCCUUCUCCUCCUCCGCCUCCCCCCCCCUCUCCUCCUCCUCCUCCUCCUCCUCCUCCUCCUCCUCCUCCUCCUCCUCCUCCUCCUCCUCCUCCUCCUCCUCCUCCUCCUCCUCCUCCUCCUCCUCCUCCUCCUCCUCCUCCUCCUCCUCUUCCUCCUCCUCCUUCUCCUUCCCCUUCUCCGCCUUUUUUUCGUUCUUCGGUUUCCCUCCUCUUCCUGCUCCCCCUGCUCCCGCUGCUCCUCCCCCUGCUCCCCCUGCUCCCCCUGCUCCCACUGCUCCUCCCCCGAAGGAAUUCGACGUGUUUAUCACUGCGGAUCAGGCCUGGACGAACGGCUCAGAUCACACGGUAUGGCUGGGCGAGCCAGGCCUGCCGUCGAUGAUGUGCUCGUGCUUCCUUUUCUUCCGCCCUACUGUGGGGGGCAAAGCCGUUGCAGCGUUGUGGGCAUUGAGCAUGGUAGUAAGAGGGCAUGAGGUCGGGCUAGACCAGGACCAUCUGAUAAACGUGACGAAGAUCAUGAGUGAGCGCGGAGUUGAGGCGCACAUCGGCGUUCUGCCGUGGAAGAAGUUCCCAUCAGGGCAGCUGAUGAGAGACAAUAUGACUGAGUUUCAGAGGAUAAGGCCGGGCGUCGUGAUGGUGCAUGCGAAUUGGAUAAUCGGGAAGCAGAAGAAGAUUGAGAGGUUGAUUGAGGUGGGGGUGUGGCUGCUGCCCCCAACGCCACCGGAGGGUGAGGAGCAGGGGAGUAGAGGGGGUAGCAGUGCUGGUGCUGAUGCUGUUGGGUGCGGUGCAGGUGAUGCCGAUGCUGCUGGUGGUGGUGUUGGUGGUGGUGCUGCUGCUUGUGACGGUGGUGCUGCUGGGAGAAUCAAGGUCUUGGGGAGUGAGGGGAGCAGGAUUAUUGGCAAACAUUUUGGCGGCGGUCCUGCUGCUGGCGAUGAGCAAGGGAGUGAGCGGGUGGAGGGGGGCGGGGUGGGGGAGGAGGAGGUGGAGAGGCGCCUGAUGAGCGUGGCGCGAUGGGUUCCGUCGCAUGUGGAGGCUGUCUUAAGGGGUGCGCCUAACGUGGCCAGGGACGGACUGUUAAUUCUCACUGUAAUUUGCGAUGGGCAUGGUAUGGCGUGGUAAGGCAUGGUAGGGCAUGGUAGGGCGUGGUAGGACAUGGUAGGGGAGCAUCGUAGGGCAUGGUAGUGCAUGGUAUGGGGCUGGUGUUUAAUGGUUCCUUGUGGGACGGGGUAGUGGGAGUGGCAGAGUGGCAGAGCACAGUUCCAAGGCAUGACGGUGCAGGGGAGUGGCAAAGAGGUUGCCGUCGCAUGUGGAUGCUGUGAGGAUUGUGCCUGGCGUGGCAAGAGACGGACCUCUUAUUCUAGCAGUGCUAUGACAUGGUAUGUCAUGUUAUGUCAUGGUAGAUCAUGGUAUGUCAUGGUAGAUCAUGGUAGGCCAUCGUAGAUAAUGGUAGAUUAUGGUAGGCCACGGUAGAUCAUGGUAGGUCAUGGUAGAUCAUGGUAGAUCAUACUAGGCCAUGGUAGAUCAUUGUAGGUCAUCGUAGAUAAUAGUAGAUCAUGCUAGGCCAUGGUAGAUCAUUGUAGGUCAUGGUAGAUCAUGGUAGAUCAUGCUGGGCCAUGGAAGAUCAUGGUAGAUCAUGGUAGAUCAUGGUACAUCAUGGUAGAUCAUGGUAGAUCAUGGUAGAUCGUGAUAGAUCAUGGUAGAUCAUGGUAGGUCAUGGUAGAUCAUGGUAGGUUAUGGUAGAUCAUGGUAGAUCAUGCUAGGCCACGGUAGAUAAUGAGAAAUCAUGGUAGAUCAUGGUAGGUCAUGGUAGAUCAUGGUAGAUCAUGGUAGAUUAUGGUAGAUCAUGGUAGAUCAUGGUAGAUCAUGAUAAAUCAUGGUGGAUCAUGGUAGGCCAUGGUAGCUCAUGGUAGAUCAUGGUAGAUCAUGGUAGGUCAUGGUAGAUCAUGGUAGAACAUGGUAGAUUAUGGUAGAUCACGGUAGAUCAUGGUAGAUCAUGGUAGGUCAUCGUAGAUGAUGGUAGAUCAUGGUAGAUCAUGGUAGGCCAUGGUGGAGUAUGGAACAUUAUGGUAGAUCAUGGUAGGUCAUGGUAGAUCGUGAUAGAUCAUGGUAGAUCAUGGUAGGUCAUGGUAGAUCAUGGUAGAUCAUGCUAGGCCACGAUCAUGGUAGAUCAUGGUAGGUCGUGGUAGAUCAUGGUAGACCAUGGUAGAUCAUGGUAGAUCAUGGUAGGUCAUGGUAGAUCAUGGUAGGUCAUGGUAGAUCAAGGCAGAUCAUGGUAGAUCAUGGUAGAUCAUGGUAGAUCAUGCUAGAUCAUGGUAGAUCAUGGUAGGUCAUGGUAGAUCAUGGUAGAUCAUGGUAGGUCAUGGUAGAUCAUGGUAGGUCAUGGUAGAUAGUUGUAGAUCAUGGUAGAUCAUGGUAGAUCAUGGUAGAUCAUGGGAGAUCAUUGUAGAUCAUGGUUGAUCAUGGUAGA